AUGUAUGCCACCACCAAGAUCUCCAUCGACAAGUUCGACGGCAACAACUACGCGACGUGGAGCCGCUACAUGCGUGGCGUGUUCCUGACCAAGUCGGCGUGGCGCAUUGUGAACCGGGGAGACCACCCCCACCUUCGCCGAUCCUCGCGCCAGUGA